AGAAAAGGUAGGCACUAUGGGCUUUCUGAAACUUGUUUCACACGUCUUCCCCCUCCGCUCUUGCCUCAGGACAGUCUGGCAUAUGCGGGGCCUAGCGCGUCCGGAAAGGGAAGUAGCGACGCCAUUGCUCUCGUGCGUCUAAAACAAUACGUCGCCUACCCACUCCCGCCCCUCCAACCCCCACCGUCCCAGUCCAGUACUACGGGUAUAGACGGACGCGACCAUGGACCUCCUCCGCCGCCUGAUCGCCUCCGCCGCCUCCACCCUCGACAACCCCUCCAUCCCCUGGAAACGCCUCAUCCUCACCUUCGCCGUCGGCGAGUUCGCCCUGGAAGUCUACCUCGGCUGGCGGCAAUACAAAGUCCUACAACGCACCGCCAUCCCCCUCCAACUCCGCCACGAGAUCGACCAAAAGACUUACGACAAAUCGCAAGCCUACGGCCGCGCGAAAGCGAAAUACAGCAUCGUCUCCGGGGUGUGGGGGCAAUGCAAGAGCCUCUCCGUCAUCCAAUACAACCUCUACGCCCGACUCUGGGCGAUGACGGGCACAUGGCUUCUGCGCUCCAACUUCCCGCUGCGAGGCGAAAUCGCGCACAGUCUCCUCUUCGCCUUCACCUACUCCCUCGCCGAAACGCUGCUCAGCUUACCCUUCAGCUACUACUACCACUUCCACCUCGAGCAAGCGUACGGCUUCAACAAGCAAACCCUCCGACUCUGGCUCACCGACCUGCUCAAAGGCCAAGCCCUCUCCCUCGCCUUCGGCAUCCCGCUCGGAGCGGCAUUCCUCUACAUCAUCCAAAAGACCGGCGACGUCUUCUUCCUCUACAUCUGGCUCUUCACCUUGGCCGUCCAACUGGGCGCCAUAACCAUCUAUCCCAUCCUCAUCGUGCCCCUCUUCAACAAACUCACCCCGCUCCCCCCGGGCACGCUGAAAGAGCGCGUCGAAGGCCUGGCCGCCAAACUCCAAUUCCCCCUCGCGGAACUGCAAGUCAUCGACGGCUCCAAGCGCUCCGCCCACUCCAACGCCUACUUCACCGGCCUGCCGUGGAAGAAGAAGAUCGUCAUCUACGACACGCUCAUCGACAAGAGCAGCGUGGGCGAAGUCGAAGCCAUCCUGGCCCACGAACUGGGUCACUGGAAAAUGGGCCACACCACCCGCUUACUCCUCAUCUCCGCCUCCCAACUACUCGUCAUCUUCACCCUAUUCUCCAUCUUCAUCCGCAACACCAGUCUCUACUCCGCCUUCGGCUUCGGCACCGCCCAAACCGGCCGACCCAUCAUCAUCGGCUUCAUCCUCUUCAACGGAGUCCUCUCCCCCACCGACGCCGUCAUCAAGUUGUUGAUGAACGUCUGGACGCGCCACAUGGAGUUCGAAGCGGACGCCUUCUCCUACCAGCAGGGGUAUGCGAGUGAGUUGGCGGCGAGUCUGAUCAAGCUGCAGAUUCAGAAUUUGAGCGCCAUGGAUGCGGAUUGGAUGUACUCGACGUAUCAUUAUAGUCAUCCCAUUCUGACGGAGAGGUUGAAGGCGAUUGGGUGGAGGGGGGAGAGGAAGGUGGGUGGAGACGAUGAUGAGAAGAAAGAUACGGGGGAUGGGGAGGGGAAGGCGAAUGGUGGGGGUGUCGUGGUGGAUACGAAGGAUAAGGAGCUUUGAGAUGGAGGGUAUGAAUGGUUUUCUGCCGAUUGCGCGGAAUGCUCUGGCACAAGAGAGAGGAGAUUGCGGCACACCAUGGCCGUUCCGUAAACGGGACCACCAGAGACACCGUACUUUUACGUAUCCGGGUGCUUG